CAACAUCAUGCUCCCCUUCCGACGGCCAGGAAGCUCCUUGUUAGAUGUCUCUGCAAGAUAAGUCAAUUGAUUCACUCGUCAAAGCUGAAUAGCAAACAACAUUUCUCUCCAAUCCCUCAGAAACCAUGGACAUCUCCGCUUCCUCAACCCUACACCUCAAACUCUCCCUCUCACAUCGCUCCAGCAUUCCCUCCAACGAUAUCAUGACUACAGCCCAUCAACGAACAAUCUACUUCGGCUACGGCUCAAAUCUCUGGCUCCAUCAAAUGCGCCAGCGAUGUCCCACGAGCAAAUACCUCGGUAUAGCGCGUCUCAAAGGCUACAAAUGGAUUAUCUAUGAUCGAGGAUAUGCGAAUAUCGUAGAGCUUAGCGAGGAAGAAAAGAUGGCUGCCAAUGAUAAACACGACUACUCGAAAGAAGUCUGGGGACUGGUAUACAGCCUCGAAAACGAAGAUGAACGACGACUCGACAUAAACGAAGGCGUAGCACACGGCGCGUACAGUAAAGAGUGGAUAGAAUGUGAGUUCUGGACUACUGCUUCUGAAAGAGCUGUGCGGGAAAAUACGAAGCAUGUUUUUUCGUAUGUGGAUGAGGGAAGACCGGAUACGAGUAAGAAGCCUGGAAAGACGGAUAUGUUGGUUUAUAUUAAUCGGGAGAAUGUGGGAGAGGGGAGGAUUAAAGAGGAGUAUGUUUAUCGGAUGAAUAAGGGGAUCAAGGAUGCGGUUGAGGAGGGUGUGCCGAGGGAGUAUGUGGAGCAGGUGCUGAGGGAAUGGAUACCGGAUGUGGAGGAUGAGAGGGUCAGGGAGGUUGCGAGGAGGCAGGCGCUGGAAUUUGAGGAUGAGAGGUAGGAUUGAGUGGUCUUCUUUGGGACCAAGCCAUGAGCGUCAACUCCACGUGCGCUGCGAUUCAAACGAGCGGAUCACCCAGCUCUUGUACUUACGCCAAACUUGGCCAGGC